CAUUCCUUUUACUGAUUUAUUUUGGCCUUCUUGUUCCGUUGGGUCUCCGCAAUGUUGGGUCGUCUCCUUCUAUGGACAUUUCUGGUCCUCUGGCUGGUGCAUAGUGCACACCUGAAGAACAAUGGAUACAGACCAGCACCGGCUUCUGGUGAACCAAAUGGACCUGGCCCUCAACCCAAUGGAAAUGGUGGGGGUGUUGGAAGGAUUUUGACGCCAUUUGGUGGAUAUAGAAACAAGGGUGCCACCAAGGGAAAUAGUUAUGGUGCUGCUGCGGCUGUACCCAGUGGGUAUGGUGCUAAAACCAAUGGCUAUGGUGCUGUUGCAGGUCUACCCAAUGGAAAUGGCCAAAAGUCAAAUGGUUAUGGUGCUGGUGUGCCCAAUGGCAAAGGACAAGGAGCUAAACCCUAUGGCGCUUCAGCUACUGCAUCCAAUGGUCAUGUUUCACCAAAUCCAAAUGCUGGCAUGAAAGGACCUAUUAAAGGAUAUAGUCAUCCACCAUUUGGUGCAGGUGCUGCUCUUGGAAUGGGGACACAAAGACGUAUUGGGGUACCUCAACUAUCUGCAAACAGGAGGGGGGUGUAUGGCGUAAAUGGUUAUGGAGCACAGCCAAGGAAUGGCUACAGGCCAAAUGGUGCUUAUGCCAGGGGUGGUCUUGGACAGGGCUUCUCUACUGGAUACUCUAAUGGAGCUGGCCAAAAAGGGCCCAAGCCAGGUUACACUUCUCCAGCUGCUGUGCCCAAUGGACAAGGUGCUAGGCCCAAUGACUAUGGUGCAAGAGCAGAUGUGCCCAAUGGACGAGUAGCUAAGCCCAGUGAUCAUGGUGGUUUACCCAAUGGAUAUCGUCCCAGACACAAUGGUUAUGGAUAUCCCAGUGGGGGAGCAAAGGCACCCAAACUAGGCUAUGGUACAGGAACUGGGGUGACCAACGGACAAGGAACUAAACCCAAAAGUUACGGAAUUGGGCCAACCCACCUUCAGAAUAGUAAAGGUAUUGGAGCACGUGCACCAAAUGGAGAAGCUAAAGCAACAAAUGGCGGUUACGACAUGCCAAAUGAAUUCGGCCUACCAAAUGGAUAUGGCUUGCCAAAUGGGCAGUUUACAAAAGGUGUUUUUGCACCGAAUAGAAAGGGUCCUAAAGGGGAUGUUCGUUCUCCUGAAGCACCAAGCAUUGCACCAGUUCCCGAUACAGUGCCUAUAGGACCAGAGCUAAUAAAGGGUGUUGCUCCAGCUCCAAAUGUGCCACAAGGAAAGGCAUACCCCAAACUGGCACCGUUACAACAAGGAAAUACAUACUCAAAGCCAGCACCAGAACCAGGACAGUUUCCUCAAGGACAGUUGUACCCUCAGCCAGAACCAGUUUUAAUUCCACAAGUAAAGUUGUUCCCUAAGCCAGAGCCAGCACAAGAACAAGCACAAGAGCCAGUACCAGUUUCAAACAGAAAGACAUACUCAAAGCCAGCCCCUGAACCAGCACAGUUUCCACAAGGACAGAUGUACCCUCAGCCAGAACCAGUCCUAAUUCCACGGGGGAAGUUGUACCCUAAGCCAGAGCUAGCAAAACAGCCAGCACCAGUUCCACAAGGAAAGACAUACCCCAAGCCAGCACCAGUUCUACAAGGAAAAACAUACCCAAAGCCAUCACAAGUGCCAGCACCUAUCACUCCACAAGGAAAGCCAUGCCCCCAAAAAGUAAUAGAACCUGCACAGGUUCCACAAGGGAAAGCAUACCCCAAGCCAGCAUCUGAACUAGCACCUGUGGUUUCACAAUGGAAGCCAUACCCAAAGCCAGCACCAAAGCCAGUGACACCAGCACUACAACAAGGAAAGACACCCAAUGUGCCAAAUAAGGGUGGUGCUGAAGGCUUGGUGCCCAAUGGACAAGCGCCCAACUUGCCUUUAGACCAACUUGGUUAUGUCACUGGAAGUGAGGUGCCUGAGAAAAAAAAUGGCGGACCAAGCAUAUCUCCAGGUGAUAGGGACAUAGUCCGUGAACGUAACGGACUCACUGUUACAAAAUAUGUAGCAGCAUUUUUACCUGAAACAAUGGCAGCUAAAAACACUGGUCCCAUUGUCACUGAAGAUACCCUGACUAAAGCCUCGCCAGUACUACCAUCAGAUGAAGUAAGCCUUGGAAGUAAGCCUGCAUUUGUGCCUGAAGAAUCAGCAGCAGUGUCUGAGGUGCUGGAAUCUGACAUUGGGAAUCCACCUGAUUAUGGUCCAGGAGCUGGUAUCCCCAGAGGCCAAGGUGUUAAACCCAAUGGUUACGGUGCCGGAGCCGGUUUGAGUGGAGGUGCUGCCGCCAAAGGAUAUGGUGGAAACCCCAAUGGGUAUGGUGCUGGAGCCACUGCACAAAACAGACAUGGAGCCAAACCUAAUGGUUACGGUGCAGGAGCUGGUGUUUCAAAGGGCAGUGGAGUCCCCAAUGGCUUCAGUGCUAAACCCAAUGGCUAUGGUGCUGGGGCAAAUGGGGGAGGGGCAAAGGCACCCAAACCAGGUUAUGGUGCUGGAGCAGGAGUCUAUAAUCCAGUUGCUGUUGGCUAUGGAAAUGGAUAUGGAGCAGUUGGACAUCCUUUUGCAGGAAAAUCCAAACAACAUGAAGGUUAUGGUAAUGGCAAUGGGCAGGGUGUCUACCCAGGAGCUGCUUAUGGAAAUGGCUAUGGCACACCUACGAAUGGAAAUGGCUAUGGCACACCUGCGAAUGGAAAUGGCUAUGGCACACCUGCGAAUGGAAAUGGCUAUGGCACACCUGCGAAUGGAAAUGGCUAUGGCACACCUGCGAAUGGAAAUGGCUAUGGCACACCUGCGAAUGGAAAUGGCUAUGGCACACCUGUGAAUGGAAAUGGCUAUGGCACACCUGCGAAUGGUGGUUCUGGACCUUAUAAUGGAGCUCCAAUCAUUCCUGCUGGACUAGAUGGAACAAUUCAGUUUCAACCUCAACCCGCUGGCCUAGGAUUGAGUGGGUCGUAUGGUGGUCAGCCACUCAGUACGGGCCAAGAGGCAAAAUCUUAUACAAAAUAUGGCAUUGGGGGGUUGCAUUUUGGUGGUCAACCCCUCGGGUUGGAGACUGAUGUUGCAAGCAAAUAUGGAAAAAGUGGAAGUCCCUAUGGAUCGGACAAUAGCAAGUCAGCUGGUCAAUAUGGAUACGGUGCACCCUAUGCGGGACAACCGCUUGGCCAAAUGGAGGAUCCUGGAAAAUCAGCUGGCAAAUAUGGCUAUGGAGAGAUGCCAACUAACCCUCAGCCAAUUGGACUUGGUCCACAUGCCGGCAAAUCGACUGCAAAAUAUGGACUCAGCCCUGAUGCUGGAAAAUCUUUAGGCAAAUAUGGGGGUGGUGCACCCGAACCUUUUGGCUUAGGGGGUGAAAAGCAGAAAUCUGCGGACAAAUAUAGUAAUCUUGGUCAAUACGAGCCACACCUCCUUGAACCAGGCAUGGUUGGCAGAUCCACUGGACAAUAUGAAAAUGUUCUGCCUUAUGAACCCCUAUCCCUCAAUCCAGUGACAGCUGGAAAGCCAUACGGUAGUGAAAAUGGACAAUUACCACCAGCCCAAACUGUAGGCCGUGAAGGAGAAGGCAAAUCUUCUGGCAAAUAUGGCCGGGGUUAUUUAAAUGGACAAGUACAAGCUGAAGUGGUCUCUUUCCCCACUGCAACCACUUCCUUGCCCUCCAUCUCCCAUGCCCCAGUCCCCUUGUUUGUGCCUGUAGUGUCUUCUUUCCCCUCCGAGGCCCCAUCUGCGGCAGAUUCGGAGGUCCCAGCUGAGCCUGCGGGCACCGCCGCCCUGUCUGUCGUCCAAACACAAGCGCCUCCACUUGGGUCUGAUGCAACGCUGCCACAGACAUCCCAUCAGAUACACAUUCAGCAGCACCUCAAGCUGCACAUUCACCCUCAGGGUAAAUCAUGGAGAGGAGGUGACAAGGAGAAGAAAUAUGAAUUAACAGGAUUCUUAGGCAAUGGUAGACACCAAGGUUGACCUGGGCGACAUUGAGGAUUUUAUUGAAUUUUUUCCUACUAGAUUUUGUUUUACAUUCCUGUUGUUUCUUUUAUAAAGCCCUUUAUACCUCAGCAGUUGUCACCAAGUUCUUAUAAACAACCUAAAACUCCAAAGAGCAAGCAACAGCAAGAAAUGCAGUUUGUGGUUUUUAUACAGUUUAUAUACAGUGUGUUUUUCAAUUAUUUGUGUAAUGGAUCCUUAGUUUUUGUUAUUAUUAUUCAUAUCUACCCUGAUACCAAACCAGUCCGGCCUGACAUAUUUAAUGCCUUGUCUGUAAUAUGAGUAGAACUAAGAAACCUUUAAAAGUUCCUUGUUUGUUUAUACUUUUGUCUAGCUUAUUUCAUUAUUUUAUUUAAAUUCCUAACCUGUCAUAAAUGCGCUUACUGGUCAAGAUGCAUCAUGCUUUGAUAGUAUUCCCGCUACAAAUUUGAAAUGUUGAUUGAAUCAGUCAGUUUUCUUCUGCGUGUUGUCCACUGCAUAGUUUUGUAAACUCAGACUAAUUUAUUUAGCAUAUCAAAUGUUUUUUUUACUACCUGUGGCAGUCAACUGUCAAUUUUUUUAACAGUUUUGACAUAAUAAAAACAGACUGGAAAUACAA